AAAAUUAGAUUUUUUAGAUAAUAAAAUGAAUAACAGAUUAUUUUUGCUAAUAUUCACAACAUUAAUUAUUUCAACAAUUAAUGCCCUGUCAAAGCACGAUCAGAAAGUAAUUGUAGAUUGUCAUAACAAUUAUCGCUCUCAACUUGCAAAUGGAAAAGUACAAAAUCACACAGGAAAUAUGCCCCAAGGGGCUAAUAUUAAACAAUUGAGCUAUAGCAAAGAAGUUGAAGCAUCAGCCGCAAAAUGGGCAGAAAAAUGUACAAUAAGCCAUUCUCAUGGAAAUUAUGGCGAAAAUCUUUUUAUGUCAUCAAAUCCUAAAACGAAAACUGCCGAUGCAUUAACCUAUGCCUGUAAUGCCUGGUGGGCAGAAGUAAAAAAUAUAGGGAUUCAAGGAAAUUUAAUUAUGGACAGAAGCCUCCCAGGAAAUGGACACGCAACUCAAAUGGCUUGGGCUACAACCACACAAAUUGGUUGCGCUCUGGCUAGAUGUCCAGCAUCAAAAUGGAAAACUUAUCUUGUUUGCCAAUAUAAUCCCUACGGAAAUGUUAUUGGAAGGACAAUUUAUGAAAAAGGAAAACCAUGUAGUGGUUGUGGUAAUAAUAAAUGUAAUUCUAAUGGAUUAUGCAAAUAA